AUGACGGCCGCUACACUCGCCGCCAGCACCGCCGCCAUCCAGGUGACCUCCCGGGCCGGGCAGCAGCCGCAGCCCGAGACCCUCUGCCCCUCGCCGCCGCCGACGGACCUCCCCGCCACGACGGGCAAGAGCCAGAUCGACGACCCCUCGGCCCCGCUCGUCCACCCCUGGCACUGGCACGGCACGCAGGACUAUGGCCAGGCCUACAGGUGCCUCGUCUGCGACGACGGCCCGCCCGCCCGCCUGCUGCACCUGCGGUGCGGCCACUACCACUGCACGCCCUGCCUCGAGCGGCAGCUCGCCGUGCGCGUCUCGGACCCCAUCUUCCGCCCCGUCCGCUGCUGCAGCGCCGUCGACAUCGACACCCUCCGGCGGGUCGUGCUGGUCUGGUCCUCCUCCUCCUCCCCCGCCUCCACUUCACCCUGCUACUACGGCGACGACUCGGAGCUGUCCAACCCCGCCGGCCCGGCCCCGGCCCCGGGCGCGCAGGGGCACACCACCACCACCACCACCACCACCGAGGCGGGCUCCCUGCUCGAGGCCUACGCCGAGCGCUACGAGGAGUGGGCCGCCGACCUCAAGCUCUACUGCCACGACGCCCGGUGCGGCGCCUUCAUCCCCGUCGCGGCGCGGUCGUGGCGCCGCGGCACGUGCCCGCGGUGCCGGGGCCAGACCUGCGUGCGGUGCGGCGGCGCGGCGCACCCCUGGCUGCUGUCGUGCGUAACCGGCGGCGGGAUCCGGAGGAUGCGGUUGAGGAGCGGUGGAAAAGUCGGCGGCGGGAGGAGAGCGGCGGCGACCGAGGCGGACGUCAAGCUCUUGGAGCUGGCGGGCCAGAAAGGGUGGUGA